AUGCGUUCGAGUUCGACGCUAGAAAGCUUUUUAAUUCAUACAAAUCGUAAUCGGCGUAAAAUUCCCAAUCGAAUGACGUAUAACUCAUCUCAGUUUGAAAUUUGUCAUUUUUUACAAAAGUUUUCUGAUCAUAAUGACUUAAUUGAAUUAUGUAAUGAAAUAUAUGCUGAUAAUCCGAUACAGCGUGCGGUAAUUGAUGAAUUUCGAUUAGAAUAUUCUUGUGAUAAAGCUGUUUGGUGGUAUACAAGAGAUAGUUGCUUUUAUCGAAUGCUCAAUAAAGCAUGUCGAAUAGAAGACUUUGGUAUGUUGAUCAUGUUUCGAUUGUUUAUUAAAGAUAUUUAUAAGCAAUUGAGACAGGAACAUGCCUGCCAAUCAUUUGACUCAAUAUUUCAUGUUUAUCGUGGACAAAUAAUCUCAGCAGUGGAAUUGAAGCAUUUAAAUGCAGCCGUCGGACAAUAUAUUUCCAUUAACUCAUUUCUAUCAGCCAGUAGGAAUAGAAUCGUCGCAGAAAUGUUUGCUGGUAUCAAUAGCAGUAUAUCGAGCACAGAACAAGCGAUUUUAUUUGAUAUCGAAGUUGAUCCUCAUUUAGAAUCAUUAAAACCAUUUGCUGGUAUAUCACAUUUAAGUCAUUUUGGUAUGGGUGAAGAAGAAGUUAUAUUCAUGUUAGGAACAAUAUUUCGUAUAAUGAAUGUGAAAAGAACUGAAGAACAAGGAAUAUGGAUAAUAAAACUUCGUCUGUGUGAUGAAAAUGAACAUGAUCUGAAAGAUGUGUACAAAUAUAUGAAAGAGAAUAUCAUGGAUAAAGAAAUGAAUCGAUCUUCACCAGGAAUGUUAUUAAUUCAAAUGGGUCUUUUUAAUAAAGCUGAAAUCUUUUAUAAACGUUUAAUGAAUACACUUUUGCCAAAUGAUUUACUUUUAGCUAAUUGUUUUGAAGGACUAGGAAUUAUAGCUACAGAAAAAGGCGAUAAUCUUUUGGCUAUUGAUUAUUAUCGAAAAGAAGGUGAAAUUUUAUCACAAACUUAUCCAUCGGAUCAUUUAUGUUUUGCAUUUGCCUACGGCAAUUUAGCUACGGUCUGUUGUAAAAGUGACCUGUAUGAUACAGCAAUUGAACAUUAUAAUAGAGCUUUAUCAAUUUUUAUUAAAUAUUUUGGUAAAAAUCAUUCUGAUGUGAUUAGAACGUACAAUAAUUUAGGUAAUGUCUAUUUGGGAAAGAAGGACUAUGACAAGGCAAUGUUUAAUUAUAAAAAAUCAUUAGAACUACGUGAAAGUAUUCUACCAAAUGAUCAUCCAGAAUUAGCAACAACUUACCUUAAUAUUGCCACCAUACACGAUGGAUUAGAAGAAUAUGAUUCAGAACUAUUAUACCAAGAAAAAGCAUUGAAGAUUUAUUUAAAAAGUUUACCUAAAAAUCAUCCCAACGUUGGUUUACUUUACAAGAAUAUUGCAGCAACAUAUAAAAACAGAAACCAAUUUGAAUUAGCCUUAGAAAAUUAUUUAAAAGCAAAUGAAAUUUAUCGACAUGUUUAUACUGCAUUAGAUCCAAAUCAUCCAAAAUUGAUUGAUAUCAAUCAUACAAUUGAAAAUCUUAAAUCAAAAUUAGUUAAUUGA